UGCAGGACAGAGCCAAGAUGAGACUCCCCCUACUUCUGGCUCUUCUAUUUGGGGCAGUUUCAGCUCUUCAUCUGAGGACUGAAACGUCCAACUUUGAGAACACCUUGGGAGAGGCGACCCUACCUCAGGAUGGGGAGAUGCCCAAACGUGUGGCAAUAGAGGCUGCUGUGGAGGGACUGAUGCUGCCAGAGGAAGAGGAGGAAGGGUGCUCUGGAAGUGAAGACGCCCCUGAGGAAGAGGGGGCUGUCCAGUCUGUCUCAGCCCUAGGUGAGGUGGACAAGGAUUUUCAGUGCCCCAAGGAAGAAGAUACAGUAAAACUGGUGGGCAUCCCUGGAUGCAAGACCUGCGGCUUAGUUCUUGUGAAGAAGGCGAGGAGGUUUAAGGAAGCUCAGUAUACUUGCCGGAGGUGCUACCGGGGCAACCUUGUCUCCAUCCACAACCGCCACUUUAACAACCGCGUCUGGCGCUCAGUCAGAGGCAUCAACCGGGCUCAAGUCUGGAUUGGAGGCGCAGUCACACGUGCAGGUCACUGCAGGCGCUUCUACUGGAUGGACGGGAGUGCCUGGAACUUUUGGUACUGGGCUCGCGGCCAGCCUGCUGCCUAUGGUGGCCACUGUGUGUCCAUGUAUACCCAAGGAGGCCGCUGGAGACGAUCUUCUUGCAACAGGUCGCUCCCCUUCAUCUGUUACCACUGAGCUGGACCCAGCCAGGAGUUCAAAG